AUGUUCAAACCAGUCAAGUUUUCGAGCUCUGCAACGCCCUCCAGCUCGGAUUCCGAAGUGGAACCUUUGGACAGUAGGCCAUCACGCCAUAAAGAUAAGCAUGUUCAUAUGGCGUCUGAGACUGAGACCAUAGGCCAAUCGGAUCCAUUAGAUGAAUAUGACAAUGACGGACUUCCCGUUUUCAACAAACGACCUUUAAGCGAUACUCCUGUGACGUCGCUAUGGAAUUCGCCUAGUGAUUCUCAGGAAAAUAGCUCAGGCGAAUCCACGCCCGUCGCUUCGCCACAUGGGAGCUCCCAGAAUUUAAGACGGCUUGUUUCUGCCAUUGAGGAAAAUGACGGAUCGAUAUCGCCCAUUAGCGGUCAAUUUAUUCACCCUAAGAACCGGCCGACUACAAUUGAUGUUCCGGGACUCACGAAAUCCAAAACCUCACCAGACGGGACAAUUUCAAAGCAAGACCCGGGUUCAAAACUAGUUAUUGUAAUGGUUGGGCUGCCUGCCACGGGUAAAUCGUUCAUCACUAAUAAACUGUCGCGAUUUUUGAACUAUUCUAUGUACUACUGCAAAGUUUUCAACGUUGGAAAUACGAGGCGACAAUUUGCAAAAGAAAACAACCUCCAAGAUCAAGAUUCCAAGUUUUUCGAUUCCACUAACCCAGAGAGCAAAAAAUUGCGCGAGAAAUGGGCGAUGGAUACUUUGGACCAGUUACUCAACUAUCUGCUCGACGGUCCUGGAUCAGUGGGUAUCUUUGAUGCGACCAACUCAAAUCGUGCGCGGCGUAAGAAAGUGCUAGAGGCAAUUCAUGCUCGCAACACUCAGAUUAAAGUCCUCUUUCUCGAGAGUAUAUGUUCCGAUAAAAUGACUGUCGAGAAAAACAUUAAACUUAAGCUUUUUGGACCAGAUUAUAAAGGCAAGGAUCCGGAGGCUUCUUUAAGUGAUUUUAAGGAACGGCUUGCCAAUUACAUGAAAGCAUACGAACCUAUUGAAGAUGAUGAAGAGUUACAGUACAUUAAGAUGAUUGAUGUGGGCAAAAAAGUAAUAUCUUACAACAUCCAAGGGUUUCUGGCCUCACAAACGGUAUAUUACCUUCUCAAUUUCAACUUGGCUGAACGUCAGAUCUGGAUUACGAGAAACGGUGAAAGUGAGUUCAACGUCAUGGGUAAGAUUGGCGGGGACUCAGGUUUAACCGAACGUGGACGGCGUUACGCCCGCGCGUUGACGCGUUUCAUUGAUGAACAACGCGUCAAAUUCACAGAACAUGAAAUGGAGACAUAUCUUGAGACUCAUUCCGAGCAAAAGUCUUUUAGUCCGGCCGAAUUUUUCGUUUGGACUUCUAUGUUAAAAAGAUCCGUAGAAACAGGGCAAUACUUUAACGAAGACGAUUAUCCAAAUAAGCAGAUGAGAAUGUUAGAUGAACUCAGCGCGGGUGAUUGCGAGGGCCUAACGUAUGCAGAUAUUCACGCAAAGUUCCCCGAAGAGUUUGAAGAGAGGUUACAUGAUAAGCUAAGGUACCGUUAUCCAGGUAUUGGUGGCGAGUCCUAUAUGGAUGUCAUCAAUCGAUUGAGACCCGUGAUUACUGAAAUUGAGAGAAUCAAAGAGAAUGUUUUAAUAAUCACGCAUCGCGUUGUAGCCAGAGUUCUUUUGGGGUAUUUCCUCAACCUAAGUCGCGAUAUCAUUGCCAAUUUAGAUGUGCCAUUGCACUGCGUAUAUUGUUUGGAACCCAAGCCUUAUGGCGUGACUUGGUCUCUUUAUGAAUACGACGAAACCAAAGACACAUUUUUUAUGGUGCCGGAGGAACAGCUCAACACGACCAGGGUUAAAGAAGUAGGUCUUGUGCAUGCAGAGAGAAGAUAUUCGAUAGUUCCCACAGCUCCAGCAACUACCAAAACGAAGGGUGAUUUCAUUGCUAACAACGCUAGUUCAACUAGCCUGACGAAAAAUCCCUUGGCUUCAAUGCCUCCUAAACAGGCACCUAGUAUGUCUGCACUCGGCGGAGGGAUGUCCGUGUCGCGCCCAGCUGUAAGAACACAGCCGUCCUUAUUAGCAAAAUCAAGUCUAUUAGCUCGUCCAGCGUCCAAUACAUUUGCCUCGCCAAAAUGGCCACCUCGCCCCAGCUCCACACCACCACCAACACAACACCAACAAAUCCAAGUUGACAAACUCAGUGAAAAACUCGCAAAACUAAGGGCGACUGAAGAGACACGCUCAGUUGUUGACCAAGGUGGUAAAUGA